AUGAAGGAAACGGUUGUUGAUAUUGCUCCAAAAUGUAUCAAAGGAAUAGAGUUUGGUGCUCUAUCUGAAAAAGAUAUCCUUGCACAAUCAGAAGUUGAAGUUUCCACAAGAGAUUUGUUUGAUUUAGAAAAAGGUAGAACUCCAAAGACCCAUGGUGCUCUAGAUACCCGUAUGGGUAUUUCCUCAAAUUCGUCAGAAUGUUCAGUCUGUCAUGGUAACUUGGCUACUUGUCAUGGUCAUUUUGGGCAUUUGAAGUUAUCAUUACCUGUUUUCCAUGUUGGUUAUUUUAAAGCCACCAUUCAAGUCUUACAAUCCAUUUGUAAAUCAUGUGGUUCAUUGUUAUUGGAUGAAGAAACUAAAAGACAGUUCAGAAAUGAGUUAAGAAGACCUGGUAUUGAUAAUUUGAGAAGAAUGGGUAUACUGAAGAAAAUUUUAGAUCAAUGUAAAAAGCAAAGACGUUGUUUAGAUUGUGGUGCUGUUAACGGUGUUGUUAAAAAAGCAGCCUCAGGUUCAGGUACAGCUUCAUUGAAAAUUGUUCAUGAUACUUUUAGAUGGAUUGGUAAAAAACCAACUUUUGAAAAGGUUGAAUGGGAUAAGGAUCUAGAUACAGCGGUUCAAAAUAAUCCUGAUAUAGAGAGAUUUAUCAAAAGAUCAAUGGAUGAUUUGAAUCCUUUGAAAGUUUUGAAUUUAUUUAAACAAGUGAAACCCGAAGAUUGUGAGUUAUUAGGUAUUGACUCAGGUAGAGGUGGUAGACCAGAGACUUAUAUUUGGAGAUAUCUUCCAGCACCACCUGUUUGUAUUCGUCCAUCUGUUGUUAUGAGUGAUUCUCCAACUUCGAAUGAAGAUGAUUUAACUGUGAAGUUAACUGAAAUUGUUUGGACAAGUUCGUUGAUUAGAGCUGGUAUAGAGAAAGGUAUUUCAAUCAACAAUUUGAUGGAGCAAUGGGAUUAUCUUCAAUUAUCAGUUGCUAUGUAUAUUAAUUCUGAUGCAGCAUCUCCUUCUAUGUUACCAGGUGCGGGUGGUGCUUCUAAAUCAGCUAAACCAAUCAGAGGUUUAUGUCAAAGAUUGAAAGGUAAACAAGGUCGUUUCAGAGGUAAUUUAUCAGGUAAGCGUGUUGACUUUUCUGGUCGUACUGUUAUUUCACCAGAUCCAAAUCUUUCAAUUGAUGAAGUUGCUGUUCCUGAUAGAGUGGCUAAAGUUUUGACAUACCCUGAAAAGUGUACCAGAUACAACAAGGAAAAAUUACAAAACUUGAUUAUGAACGGUCCAACUGUUCAUCCUGGUGCUAAUUAUUUAUUAAAGAAGAAUGAAGAUGCUCGUCGUAACUUGAGAUAUGGUGAUCGUCACAAACUAGCUAAAAAUCUUCAAUAUGGUGAUGUUGUGGAAAGACAUAUAGAGGAUGGUGAUGUUGUUUUAUUCAAUAGACAACCUUCAUUGCAUAGAUUGUCGAUUUUAGCACAUUAUGCUAAGAUCAGACCUUGGAGAACUUUCAGAUUGAAUGAAUGUGUUUGUACACCUUAUAAUGCAGAUUUUGAUGGUGAUGAAAUGAACUUACAUGUUCCUCAAACUGAGGAAGCCAGAGCUGAGGCUAUCAAUUUGAUGGGUGUUAAGAACAAUUUAUUGACUCCAAAAUCUGGUGAACCAAUUAUUGCAGCUACACAAGAUUUUAUUACUGGUUCUUAUUUGAUCUCUCAUAAAGAUUCUUUCUAUGAUAGAGCUUCAUUAACACAGUUAUUAUCUAUGAUGUCUGACGGUGAUUUACAAUUUGAUUUGCCACCACCAGCUAUUCAUAAACCGGUUUAUCUAUGGACUGGUAAACAAGUUUUCAGUCUUUUAAUUAGACCAAACAAGAAGUCACCAGUUAUUAUCAACUUGGAUGCUAAAAAUAAGACUUUCACACCUCCAGCUAAAGGAUUUCCAAAUGAGAUGUCACCAAAUGAUGGGUUUGUUAUCAUUAGAGGUUCAAACAUUUUGAGUGGUGUUAUGGAUAAAUCCACUUUAGGUGAUGGUAAGAAGCAUUCUGUGUUUUAUACUAUAUUGAGAGAUUAUGGCCCUAAGGAAGCAGCACAAGCUAUGAAUAGAAUGGCUAAACUUUGUGCUAGAUUUUUAGGUAACAGAGGGUUCUCCAUUGGUAUCAAUGAUGUUACCCCAGGUACUGAAUUGAAAUUCAAGAAAGAAGAAAUGGUUGAAGCUGCUUAUGUCAAGUGUGAUGAAUUAAUUCAAUUAUAUAACGAUGGUAAGUUGGAAACUCAACCAGGUUGUAAUGAAGAACAAACUUUAGAAGCAAAAAUUGGUGGUUUGUUAUCAAAAGUCAGAGAAGAAGUUGGUGAAGUUUGUAUCAAUGAAUUGGAUAGUUCAAACGCUCCAUUGAUCAUGGCAACCUGUGGUUCUAAAGGUUCUACAUUAAAUGUGUCACAAAUGGUUGCUGUUGUCGGUCAACAAAUUAUUUCAGGUAAUCGUGUUCCAGAUGGUUUCCAAGAUCGUUCAUUACCUCAUUUCCCAAAGAAUUCCAAAACUCCACAAUCCAAAGGAUUCGUUAGAAAUUCCUUUUAUUCAGGUUUGAGUCCUCCUGAAUUUUUAUUCCAUGCUAUUUCUGGUCGUGAAGGUUUAGUUGAUACUGCGGUUAAAACCGCUGAGACUGGUUAUAUGUCUCGUAGAUUGAUGAAAUCAUUAGAAGAUCUAAGUUUACAAUAUGAUAACACUGUUAGAACUUCAAGUAAUGGUAUUGUUCAAUUUACUUACGGUGGUGAUGGUUUAGAUCCUUUCGAUAUGGAAGGUGAUGCUAAACCUGUUAAUUUUGUUAGAACUUGGGACCAUGCUUAUAAUGUUACAUUUACAGUCAAUGAGAAAUCAUUAUUACCAUAUCAAGUUAUGGAGGUUUGUGAAAAAGUUAUACAACCACUUGAGGAGAAAUUGAUCAGAUAUGAUAAUUUGGGUAAAGAAUUACACGGUGAAGAUCGUAACAAGAUUGAAUUUAUUGAUCAAAACGAUGCUAGAAGAGGCUUCUAUAACUCCAUUCGUGAUUUCCUUUACUCAAAAGCUUCUCGUCUUGCAAAAGUUAGAGAACAUAAGAAAUUACACGGUUAUUUGGAAAAACCAACUGAUGAAUUAGCAGAAAUGGAUUUAGAUGAAAGUUCAAGUGAUACUGCAUUGAAUGCUGUUAACCAAUUAUCCAAGAUCACCAAAAAAUGUGUUAAAAAAUUCUUGGAAGUUGCUUUAGUCAAGUAUAGUCGUGCCCAAGUUGAACCAGGUACUGCUGUUGGUGCUAUUGCUGCUCAUUCUAUUGGUGAACCAGGUACUCAAAUGACUUUGAAAACUUUCCAUUUUGCUGGUGUUGCUUCUAUGAAUGUUACACUUGGUGUUCCUCGUAUUAAGGAAAUUAUCAAUGCUUCCAAGGUCAUUUCUACUCCUAUCAUUAAUGCAGUUUUAGUUAACGAUGAAGAUGAAAGAGCGGCAAGAGUGGUUAAAGGUAGAGUUGAAAAGACUUUGUUGUCAGAUGUUGCAUAUUAUAUUCAAGAUGUCUACAAAGAUGAUAUGUCUUCAAUUCAAAUCAAAGUUGAUACCAAAACUAUUGAAAAAUUGCAAUUAGAGCUAACAAUUGAUGAUAUUGCUUUUGCUAUUUCAAAAGCUCCUAAAUUGAAAAUUUCACAAGGUGAUAUCAAUUUAUUACCAGGUAAUAAGAUUCAAAUCAAUGUUCAUACUGGUGAAUCAAAAGCCAAAUCAAUCAGCACAUCAGCCAAAGAGCCACUUGAAAAUGAAUUGUUCUUCAGAAUGCAACAUUUACGUCGUGUUUUACCAUCUGUUGUUGUUAAAGGGUUUUCUGAUAUUUCAAGAGCUGUCAUUAAUAUUCGUGAUGAUGGGAAGAAAGAAUUAUUAGUUGAAGGUUAUGGUCUUCGUGAUGUUAUGUGUACCGAUGGUGUUGUGGGUACAAAGACUAGAACUAAUCAUAUCUUGGAAGUUUUCCAAGUUUUGGGUAUUGAAGCUGCUAGAGGAAGUAUUAUUGGUGAAAUUGAUUAUACCAUGUCCAAGCACGGUAUGAGUGUUGAUCCUCGUCAUAUUCAAUUAUUGGGUGAUGUUAUGUCUUAUAAAGGUGAAGUUCUAGGUAUUACAAGAUUUGGUUUGAGUAAGAUGAGAGAUUCUGUUUUACAAUUGGCAUCAUUUGAAAAAACCACUGAUCAUUUAUUCGAUGCAUCAUUCUAUAUGAAAACAGAUUUGGUUGAAGGUGUUUCUGAAUGUAUUAUCUUGGGUCAAACUAUGUCUAUUGGUACUGGUGCUUUCAAGCUUGUUAAAGAAACGGCUAUUAGUGAAGAAGAUUUGAAACCGAAACCAACACUGUUUGAAGACCUUUGUUCAGUUGCUGUAUCUGCUGCUUGA